AUGUUACCACCAAUUAAUAUUAACAAGUGGGUAGAGGAGCACAAGCACUUGCUAGAGCCACCUGUCAAUGCAAAGCUCAUCUAUGAACAUGACUCAUCAUAUAUCAUUAUGAUCGUCGGAGGUCCAAACCAAAGAACAGAUUAUCACAUCAAUCAAACUGAUGAGUUCUUCUAUCAGUUCAAGGGCGAUAUGAUAUUGAAGGUUGUGGAUAAUGGUGUACAUAAGGAUGUUAGAAUCCGUGAGGGAGAGUGCUUCUUGUUGCCAGGAAACACUCCACAUUCACCACAACGCUACAGAGAUACUAUUGGUCUGGUGCUCGAACAAAAGAGGACUCCAGCAUCAAUCGACCGUCUUACAUGGUACUGCGACCACUGUCACGAGCUACUAUACGAGGAGUCAUUCAAUGUCAAGACUCUCGACCUCGGUCUCGAGCUCAAGCCAAUCAUGCUUCGAUUCUACGACAGUGAAGAGCUGCGCACAUGCAAGCACUGUCACCAAGUCAGCAAGAAGCCAGUCACUGUUGACAACAUCCCAGCA